UUAAGUUUUCUAUCUAUGACCUGUGCUACAGGAGCUACUUCUGAUCCAGGCUGAGGGCGAUAAAAAAAUAAAGAAGAGAGUAACUUUGGUGCCUAACUUUGGAGCGCAGAGCGCGGCUGCUGCUGUUGGACGCGUCUGUGCGCAUCGGUGCGCGCUCCUCUCCAAACCGCCCAGGAGCGCACUCUGGAAGAGCCGAACAUGAACGACUCGGACCUCGGCUGCAACGCGACGCACAACCUCACCGACCCGUCCUGCCAGGCGUCCCCGCGGCCGCCCCCCAGCCCCGUGGACAUCACCACCUUCAUGCACAUCCUGCCCUCCAUCUACGGCAUCCUGUGCACGGUCGGGGUCAUCGCCAACGCGCUGGUCAUCUACGCGGUGGCGGCGUGCAAGAAGAAGAUGGUGUCGGACAUCUACGUGCUGAACCUGGCCAUAGCCGACACGCUCUUCCUGCUGGUCAUGCCCUUCAACAUCCACCAGCUGGUCCGGGACCGCCAGUGGGUGUUCGGGAACUUCAUGUGUAAGGCGGUGGUGGUGGUGGACGUCAGCAACCAGUUCACCACGGUGGGGAUCGUCACGGUGCUGUGCAUCGACCGGUACAUAGCCAUAGUGCACCCCAGCUCGGAGAAGAGGACGGUGCAGUGGACCAUCCUCAUCAACAUGCUGGUGUGGCUGGGCAGCUUUCUCCUCACCGUGCCAGUCAUGAUGUACGCCAAGGUGGUUCACAGGCAGCAGCUGCAGGUCUGCAUGAUGCUCCUGGACGGGCCCGAGGACAUGUACUGGUACACCCUCUACCAGUCCAUCCUGGGCUUCAUCAUCCCCCUCUUCAUCAUCAGCACCUUCUACUCGCUCACGCUCUAUCACGUCUUCCGCUCCAUCCGCCGGGUGAAACGGAAGCAGUCGGUGUGGGCGAAGCGGGCCACCAAGAUGGUGCUGAUGGUCAUCGCCCUUUUCCUCAUCUGCUGGUCGCCAUACCACGUCAUCCAGGUGAUCAACCUGAGCAACAACCGGCCCACCAUCGCCUUCGUCUACGCCUACAACAUCAGCAUCUGCCUCAGCUACUCCCACAGCUGCAUCAACCCGCUCAUGCUGCUCAUCUUCGCUCAGAAUUACCGCGAGCGCCUGUGUCGGCAGAACGCGCUGACCAGCUCGCAGCACAGCAUGCAGCACACGUCCAAGGCCAAGACGGAGGCUUCCAGCACGGCGAACGAGCCCAGCUCCCGCAUUACGGUCGUCUAAUGGGAGGGAGGGACUGCUCUUCGUAAAUACGGCGCGUGUGUAAAUGUUUUGGCUGCUUGAACCGUGUGUCGUUUGUGAUGGUGCGUUCUCCAGCUUGUGCACGCAGGAGCCUCAGAAGAAAAAGAACCAAAAAAAAUCAGGUUAUGUGGUUCUACGAACAGUUCUAACACAGCAUCAUGUUGCCAAUUCAACUUUGUUGAAAAGUUCUAAACAAUUAAUAUCCUACCUGCUGCAGAUGUCUCUUUAAACGACCUCAGAUUAGAGAAAUAAAAUUUAUUCCUGACUGAUGGGGGUGGGGUGACAACAGGAGAGAGGUGUCCAACAUAGAAGCAGUGUCUACUAUUAGUGCUGGCAAAUAACUAUAAUUAACCACAACAAACAACUAUGUAAAUAAUCAUACAAUGGGCUAUUCAAAUCCGGCCCACAGCUGAGUUUAGUCCAACCCAUCAAUGAUAAAAAAAGUAUGAUUUUUUUACUUUUUUAUUCAAUUUAUUAUGAAUGUAGAUAGUGAAUCAAUUUCAAAUUUUACAUUUAUGACUCGGUACAACAUAAUAACCAAAUUUAAAAGUUAAAAGAUAAUAACAAUACUUGUAAUUUUACAUAACAGCCCUGAUGUAAAGAACAAUUGACAGUGAUGUGUAGGGUUGUAAAUAAUUGUGAAUGAGUGGUUAGGUGGGGGUGUUCCUCCAAUGUGAGAGAUGGCGGUUCGAUUCCACCACUAUUCACUCACAUGUUGAAGUGUCCUUGGGCAAGACACUGAACCCCCACUGCUUCUGAUGUGUGUCCCAUCAGUGUAUGAGUGUGAUUUAAAGCACUGAUUGGUCUCUGUAGAUUGAUUUAUCUGUAUUAGCUUUGUAGAGAGAUGUAGUAGAGUGCUGAUUGAAUGUGUGAAUGGGUAAAUGAGGGCA